GCGUCAUAGUGCUUGUAAACGUGCUUCCACGCCACUUCUUCUAUACAAUUAGUGCCACCCCACCCAACUAUAUAACUUCUCAAUCUCUUCCGACAACACUUGUUCUUUUAAAUUGUCGUUGUUGUUAAUCCAGUUUUACAUUUUAAUAAUAAUUCCCUCAUAAUUUAUGUCUAGACUCAUUUGUUUCCAUUCAAUUUUCCAGCGAGUGGGGUCCACACUUCCGUAUGCCACCACCUGGACGGUUCUUUUGAUUGUUACCGCGGUGUUGGCGUCGUUGGCACCCGGUGUGGCUUUUAUGUUUGCGGUGUCACAAUUUUCUUCAUCGUUCUCAUCAAAGCCUUGUCAACAUCAUGAAUUUGUGAGGAUUCCGUUUGAUUCUCCGACCGAGAUGGUUUGCUUGCCGGAACAUGCGGUGGUUAGCACCUCACAGUUUGAUUUCUUCUUGCCUACUUUGUUUGCUGCUUUGGUUGUUUCUGCUUCAACUUUUCUCCUUCGUUCUGUGCUCUCUCCAUGAUGUAAAUUUUAUUCAUAAAUAUUUUAAAGAUUGAUUGAAAGUCUUAUACUUUGAAUUUUGUAUGCAUGAUUGUGUCGAAGAGAUGAAGAGAUGCCAUGAUUAUGUUCAUACUCUUGUCCUGCCAAUUUAAGUUCACAUACGAAACUACGUAAGUUUUCACUUCAUUAGUAUUGAAUGAUUCUAUCAGGUACUUCUUCGCACCA